GUCAGAUUUCGCUUCAAAUUUAGACCUUCCUUUCUCUUUCUUGAUUCCACCGAUAUCUUCUCACUGUCCAAACUAGCAAUUCGAUCGAGGAGUAGGCUUUUGGAGGAAGAUGAAGAAGAGAGUUUCUGUUGCUUUCUCGAAACAUCAACCAGUAGACUACGAAGAUGUCUUCAGUACCUGAUGUUGCUGGAAUUGUGGAUAACUCCAAGGAACUCGAUCGGCUACGGAAAGAUCAGGAAGAGGAUCUCAUUUCCAUAAAUAAAUUGCACAAGAAACUUCAAUCCACACCUGAGAUGGUUGAGAAGCCUGGGGAUAACACCUUGGCAAAUCUUAGGGUUUUGUACACUCGAGCUAAAGAGCUUUCUGAAAGUGAAGCAACAUAUGUUCAUUAUUGGAAGAUUCUAUAAUUUCAAUUGAGCUAAUAUCAUCUUGUUUGCAUAAUGUUCUAUGCCGAAAUUGAUUUUUUGAAUUGGCUGCAAAUAUCAGGUCAUUUGAUAAGUCAACUGGAAACACUAAUCCCAUCUGGACAACCUGGGCAGCAACGAAGAAGAAUAGAAGGCACUGAGCCGAAAAAGAAGAGAAUGAAGACCGACAUGGAUAUGCCCAGACAUUCUCAAUCUAUUCGAAAUCAGCUGGAUGCACUUACUAGUUUGAAGGGCGAACAAGUAGCAGCUAGAGUAACACAAGAAAAUGCAGAGAAAGAUGAGUGGUUUGUCGUUAAAGUGAUUCAUUUUGACCGAGAAACAAAAGAAUUUGAAGUACUUGAUGAGGAGUCUGGUGAUGAUGAAGAGAGUGGUGGGCAGAGGAAGUACAAGUUGCCAAUGUCUCGCAUUAUACCGUUCCCAAAGAGAAAUGAUCAACCAGGUGCUCAAGAAUUCCCUCAUGGAAAACAAGAUAAAGGAUGA